AUGUCUGAAAUUGGAGAAAAACCUCCUGCUCCACCCAUGAGACUUGAGAGCACCAGGGAAGCAUCUCUGUCUCAAGAAACCAAGCCUUUACCCAGGGAACCAGACGGUAAAGAGGAAAGAAAAAAGCAAAAAAUGAUUAAAGGUGGUAAGAUUUUCAAGCCUAUCAAUGACAAGCCAGUGAUAUCUCACCCAUCGAACUUUGAGCACACUGUUCAUGUUGGCUUUGAUGCUCACACAGGGGAGUUUACG